GCCAUAUUGGUUACACUUCGUUGUCACCUUUCUUCAGCAUCUCUCUUUCUCUAUGUAUUUAAUCAUAUUCAAUGCACUCCAUACAAUUUGCACAUUUUAAUUUACAUUUUUUGAGUGAGUUGUAGAAGUCAUGGGGAAGGGAAGAGUGGAGUUGAAGAGGAUAGAGAACAAGAUCAACAGGCAAGUAACGUUUGCUAAGAGGAGGAAUGGUUUGCUCAAGAAGGCCUAUGAGCUUUCUGUUCUGUGUGAUGCUGAGGUUGCUCUCAUCGUCUUCUCGACUCGCGGCAAGCUCUAUGAGUUCUCUAGCACUUCAAGCAUAAUGAAAACACUUGAAAGGUAUCAGAAAAUUAACUAUGGACCACCAGAUGUGAAUGCAAGGAGUAUACAAGAAGAACUUGAACGGAGUAGCUAUCAGGAGUACAUGAAGCUUAAGCACCGCUAUGAUUCCUUGAAACAAUUAGAAAGGAAUUUCAAUGGGGAUGAUCUGGGCUCCUUGAACAGAAAGGACCUUGAUUCACUAGAAAAGCAGAUUGAUUUCUCUUUAAGGGAGAUCAGAUCAGAUAGGACUCAGCGCAUGCUUGAUGAGCUCGAUAAACUUCAGCAACAGGAGUAUCUGCUACACGAGUCGAACAUAGAUCUUCAUGGAAGAUUAGAAGAAGGAAAACAACAAGCAGAAGGAUUGCAAUGGGAUCCAAGCACAAAUGGAGUGGUUUAUUUCCGUCAAGUAGCUCCACAAACUAGUGAUAUCUUCUAUCAUCAGUUAUUCUGUGAAACCACAUCACAGAUUGGGUGCCAAGCUGAGAAAAUGUCUGCAGUGCCUUCUGGUCCGAGUGCGAAUAACCAAAUGCAAAUUUGGUGAGGCAUCGAAGGAUGAGGACGUGAAGAAAUGCUGAUUGAACAGAACAGAGUCCUUUACAUCAGGCCAGCCAUGAUCAGUGUGUUUUGUUUGACUGUAUUAAAUCUACUAAAAUCCCAUGAAGAUUAAGACAUUUUGCAUUGUGUACCACUGCAUAUCUGCAGGCUAAUAUGCAUAAUAAAUACUGUUACCACUUUAUAUUUAGUUUUGCUACCUUUCUUUUUA